CUUUUCAAGGUCAAAGUCGUCACUUCAAAAAAGUUCAAAUAAGCAAGCAAAAAAAUAGAAUUAUCACUGGGCGAGUAGAGGACGGUGGAGAAGACGAGGAAGAAGAAAGAGCAGGGAAGCAAGCAACUGAACGAAGACCAACACCAACCAAGAGAGAGAAGCAGCAGCCAGAGAAGAGUAGAGAACAAACAUAGAGAGAGAGGGAGAGAGAUUUGCAUGCAACAACUGCCCGUCUCCCCUCCAAAAGUUCCCUAAUUGCUUUCCGGUUCUUCUCCCCCAUGUAAGUCUCCCUUCCUCGUCGUCUCCUGCACCUACCGGAAGCGACGCCUCCUACUGCGGUUCAGCCUCAUUUCCGGUUCGUCGGCUAGCUAGCCGAGAUGGUGGCCGCGCGCCGGAGCACGGCCUCCACCGCCGCGCUCCUGCUGCUCCUGCUUGCGGUUGCGGUCUCCGUCUCUUCUUCCUCCGAGUUGCACCGCGGCCAAGAACAGGACAGAUCGGCGCUGCUCCAGCUCAAGAAUGCCUUCCCUUCCCUGGAGCUGUUACGGCGGUGGUCCGUGGACUCCGGCGGCGCCAACCACUGCUCCUGGCCGGGGGUCACCUGCGACGCGAGGUCCCGUGUCGUCGCUCUGAAGGUGACCUCCGCCCCACGGCGCUCCGGACCCGCGCGGGAGCUCCCCGGCGAGUUGCCCCCGGCGGUUGGACUCCUCACCGAGCUUGAAGAGGUAUCUUUUCCCUUCCUCGGCCUCCGCGGUGAGAUCCCCGGCGAGAUCUGGAGGUUGGAGAAGCUCGAGGUGGUCAACCUCGCCAGGAACUCUCUCCGGGGAGCCCUUCCGGCCGCCUUCCCGCCGCGGCUGAGGGUGCUCACUCUCGCUUCCAACCUGCUUCACGGUGAGAUCCCCUCCCUUUCCGGCUGCAAAGACUUGGAAAGGUUGGAUCUUUCAGGCAACCGGCUCACCGGGUCGGUACCGCGAGCUCUUUGCCGCCUGUCCAAGCUUAAGCAGCUUGACUUGUCCGGAAACCUUCUUGCCGGGAGCAUCCCCUCUGGUUUGGGGAAUUGCGUGCAGCUCCGCUCGCUGCGGCUGUUCUCCAAUUUGUUGAAUGGUUCUAUUCCACCGGAGAUUGGAAGGUUGAGGAAGCUGCGGGUUUUGGAUGUAUCGAGUAACAGAUUGAGCGGUUCGGUACCUUUGGAGCUAGGGAAUUGCUCGGAUUUGUCUGCACUCAUAUUGUCUAGCCGGUUCAAUUCAGUGAAUUCACCUGAGUCCAAUCUGUAUAAAGGAGGGAUUCCAGAGAGUGUGACAUCUUUGCCGAAGCUCAGGGUGCUAUGGGCGCCGAGGGCGGGGCUGGAAGGAAAUGUUCCGAGCAAUUGGGGAAGGUGUCAUAAUUUGGAAAUGGUUAAUCUUGGGGAGAAUUUACUUUCUGGAGUGAUUCCAAGGGCGCUAGGGCAUUGCAGUAACCUCAAGUUUCUCAACCUCAGCUCCAAUAGAUUAUCUGGUUUGCUGGAUAAGGAUCUUUGUCCACAUUGUAUGGCUGUAUUCGAUGUCAGUGGAAAUGAACUGUCUGGCUCAAUUCCAGCAUGUGUGAACAAAGUCUGUGCAUCUCAGCUAAUGCUGGAUGAAAUGACAUCUGGUUAUUAUUCACUCCUCAUGUCCAAAGCUCUAGGCGAACUACCAUCGGGUAACUGUGACUCUGAAGAGUGUUCUGCUGUGUACCAUAAUUUUGCGAAGAACAAUCUCGAAGGUCAUCUUACAUCCUUGCCGUUCAGUGCAGACAGAUUUGGAAACAAGACCUUGUAUGCAUUUGUUGUUGAUCACAAUAAAUUCAGUGGAUCGUUGGAUGCAAUUCUGUUGGAACAGUGUAGCAACUUGAAGGGGCUGAUUGUAAGCUUCCGAGACAACAAGAUAUCUGGUGGGCUCACAGCAGAAGUUAGCACAAAAUGCCGUGCUAUCAGAACUUUGGAUUUAGCUGGCAAUCAAAUAUCGGGAGCGAUGCCUGCUAAUGUUGGUUUGUUGGGAGCUCUUGUCAAGAUGGACAUUAGCAGAAAUUUGCUGGAAGGUCAAAUACCUGUCAGUUUCAAAGACUUCAAGAGCUUGAAAUUUCUCUCAUUAGCUGGGAACAAUCUCAGUGGUAGAAUACCAUUCUGUUUGGGUCAGUUGAGAUCACUGGAGGUUUUAGAUCUCUCAUCUAAUUCUCUAACUGGGAAGAUCCCUAGUAACCUUGUGACACUAAGAGAUCUCACUGUGCUUCUGCUCAACAAUAAUAGGCUCUCUGGAAUCAUUCCUGAUCUUACCCCUUUGUCAUCACUAUCCAUUUUUAACGUUUCAUUUAAUAACUUGUCUGGGCCACUGCCUUUAAAAAUUUACUCACUUACAUGUGACAGUAUUAAUGGAAAUCCGUCCCUUCAGCCUUGUGGAUUAUCUACGCUCUCCAAUCCGUUAAUGAACGUCCGAACACUCACUGAGUCAUAUGGUACAACACCAGCCAACACAUCCCCUGAUGGCGGCGGGUUCAGCAAAAUAGAGAUUGCUUCGAUAACUUCAGCAUCAGCUAUUGUUGCGGUUCUGCUGGCUCUGAUCAUCCUUUAUAUUUACACACGAAAAUGUGCAUCAAGACCAUCAAGACCUUCUCUCAGGAGAAGGGUAGUCACUGUUUUCGUGGAUAUUGGGGCUCCUUUGACAUAUGAGACUGUUUUACAUGCUAGUGGCAGUUUCAAUGCAAGUAAUUGCAUUGGAAGUGGUGGCUUCGGAGCAACGUACAAAGCUGAAGUUGCACCAGGAAUACUGGUUGCAAUAAAGAGGCUUGCUAUUGGAAGAUUCCAAGGUAUUCAGCAGUUCCAAGCAGAGAUCAAAACUCUUGGGAGGUGUCGCCAUCCCAAUCUUGUAACACUCAUUGGAUUCCAUCUGGGUGAUUCAGAGAUGUUUCUAAUAUAUAAUUUUCUGCCUGGUGGUAAUUUGGAAAGGUUCAUACAAGAAAGGACUAAGAGACCAAUUGAUUGGAGAAUGCUUCACAAAAUUGCUCUAGAUGUUGCACGUGCACUUGCAUACCUUCAUGAUAACUGUGUCCCACGCAUUCUACACCGGGAUGUCAAACCAAGCAACAUCUUGCUCGACAAUGAUUACAAUGCAUACCUUUCUGAUUUUGGAUUAGCAAGACUGCUUGGGAAUUCAGAAACGCAUGCAACCACUGGUGUGGCAGGUACUUUUGGAUAUGUUGCUCCAGAGUAUGCCAUGACAUGCCGUGUUUCUGAUAAGGCAGAUGUGUAUAGCUAUGGAGUGGUUCUUCUUGAACUUAUUUCAGACAAAAAAGCACUGGAUCCUUCUUUCUCUCCAUAUGGGAAUGGAUUCAACAUUGUUGCCUGGGCUUGCAUGCUUCUACACAAGGGCCGAGCUCGUGAGUUCUUCAUAGAAGGCCUGUGGGAUGUGGCCCCACAUGAUGACCUUGUUGAGAUUCUACACUUGGGUAUUAAGUGUACAGUUGAUUCUCUUUCUUUUAGGCCCACAAUGAAGCAAGUCGUUCGACGACUAAAGGAACUCAGACCACCAUCUUUCUAGGAAUAGCAAGCAGAGUAUGGCUUGCUUCUGCAAACUGAGUAAGGCAGUUGGAUAUUCUGGUGACCAGAACUGCCAAUGAUGUUCCAACCAAAUUUGUGGACAACAGCCCAUAUGCCAUCCCUCCAAGCCUCCAGGGGCCAUGUGAUCUUUGUCCGGUGAAGAGUGGGAAAUCCAUCAAGCAGGACACGCAUGGCAGUUAAACCUGUGCUGAUUAUGUGGGCUCAGUUGCUAUAUGGAACACCGAUACCGCCUUAAUGCCCCCACUCAAAGCGAGUAAAAAAGGACGUCUGAGGAAGUUCAGCCGUGCCUGCCAUAUCCUGUAAGCGGAGUCUUCUUUCCUGAGAUGAUGAGGCAUAACGUAACAAGACGGAUUUGUGUGCCUCGCCAGGCAAUUAAACCGGCACAUUGCGCCUUUUUGGCUCAGCUUUUUCUGAUUGGAGAAUGGAGAUCAACGGUCAUGGAUCAGCUGGACGACCUGCAAAGGCUUGAGGCUCAGCAAAGGCUUGGCUGCUGACCUACAUGGAAGCGGACCCGGAUCCCAGGAAUUACUGAAAGCAAGGCCAUGCGAAGACGCACAUUAUAAAAGGUGGUGAUCCAGAGCAGCAAAGAUUAUCAAAUCCGUGAUUACUUGAUUAGCUUACUUGGCAUUUGUAAUAACAUAACUUUUAAUAUCAUUCUCGUGUAUAGUAUGCGAGUCUGCAACUUAAAGGUAACUAGAAAUAAUUUGCAACUCGGAGUGCCAAGGUUUGAACUUUGAAGAGAGUUAAAGAUUUGGAUGUCCGUUCUGUUUG